AUGUUUGAAUGGUCUAUGAAGAGUUCCUCGUAUGCUGCCACGAUUCUUCCCGCAUUAAUCCAUUCCGUGCAGGAAACUGUUUAUUUCUGGUUCUCGAUUUGCGUUGGAUAUAUUGCUGAACAGGCAAACGGCCGACAAACAGCUCGUAAUUCCCGGUUGACACGCCAUUUUCCAAAUUUAGACACCUCCAGGCACAAAUAUAGCCGGAUUAUUGAUAUCGGACGAUCGGACAUAGGCAGAUGUCUCGAACGAGAUAACGAGAGGACAACAUCA